AUGCUCAGCAUUAAAAAAUUCGCCGGCGCUGAAGCAUCGGUCAUAUGCGCAGGCGUGAAGGUUGUGACGGUGGCGAAUUUUACGCAUGCGUGCAGUUCACAAAAGGCCUCGGGAGCCCGGCAGCUGGAUCGGACGCAGGUUAUAAAUUGGAAGGAAUUUGUCUCCAGGAAUCUCAAACAUGACAUGCCAGUUUUGCUGUCUCUGUCUGGAUAUUUAAGAAGUGGAGCGAGGGAUUCAAUCGACCAUCCUUCCUGCUCAGACUGUGGGGAGAGAUUCACUCGGGCAUUUGACCAACUGACAAGCCCGUCAUUUUACACAGGAAAAAGGCCACUCACCUGCUCAGACAGUGGGAGUGGAUUCACUCGGUCAUCUCAACUGAAGAGUCAUCAGCAAGUUCACACUGGAGAGAGGCCAUUCACCUGCUCAGAAUGUGGGACGAGAUUCAUUCAUUCAUCCACCCUACAGAGUCACCAGCAAGUUCACACUGGGGAGCGGCCGUUCACCUGCUCAGAAUGUGGGAAGGGAUUCUCACUCACAUCCCACCUACAGAAACACCAAUCAGUUCACACUGGGGAGAGGCCAUUCCUCUGCUCAGACUGUGGGAAGGGAUUCACUAAAUCGUCACAUCUGAAGGGACAUCAGCAAGUUCAUGCCGAAGACAGGCCGUUCACCUGCUCACUGUUGGAAGACACUCACUCUGUCAUCCUAUCUACAGAGACAUCAACAAGUUCACACUGGAGAGAGCCCAGUCACCUGUUCAGUCUGUGGGUAGACAUUCACUCAGUCAUCCCAUUUGCAGAGACAUCAGCGAGUUCACACUGGAGAGAGCCCAUUCACCUGUUCAGAAUGUGUGAAAGGAUUCACUCAGUCACCCCAAUUACUGGCACACCAGUCAGUUCAUAAUGGGGAGUGGCUGUUGUUAUGAUUCCCUAGGUUUUGUUUGCUGUGGACUGACAUUUUGAGAGAGAGAGAGAGAGAGAGAGAGAGAGAGAGAGAGAGAGAGAGAGAGAGAGACUGAAAUAUUUGACUAUGCAGCGUGUUUACACUUGCUUGCAGCUUGUGUUUACAUAGUUCACAGUUUGUUUUAUUUAAGCAAGGACAGUCACAAACACAGUCAGCCAGAGGGAAAGAAAGAAGAUGGAAAGUUUGAAACAAAGGGCCGAGUGGCCAAAGGCCACUCCAAUGGAUCUGCUGGUUUGGAAGUAUCCUGUGAGGACCACUUUUGCUAACCCUUGCCUGGGUGUGGUAUUUCACUUGAAGAGGUUACCCCUGUGACCAAUCACUGUUGGUGAUAAUUCGUAUAAUCCAUAUGGGGAUGUUGUUGGAGUAUCUCGUGGCUACCACAUUUGUUAACCCUUAGCUGGAUUCGAGUGUGUAAUGUGGUAAACACUUGUGAGAAGGGAUAUUCUGUGGAAAUCACUGUCGGUAAUACUUUGUGUGUUGGAUCUGGAUUGGGAGUACCUGGCGGAAUCUACCUGUGUGUUAACCCUUGCUUGGGUGGUAGUUUCUUCUGAAGACAUAACUCCUGUGAUAAGCUGCUUCUGGUGAUAAUACGUAUGUGGAUUUAGAACAACGACGAAUAAGACCUGCAGAGACUGUUAUCCUGCUUUACAACUGUGGAAUUUAUGGAAUUCAAUGUAAUUGCCUUCUCUCGAUAUUCACCUUGGAUUACAAAUCUCUCUUUCUCGUCAUUGAUUGCGUGGAUGAACUGAAGUUUCAUACUUUACCAUCUCAAGAAUUUAAGAUUGGUAUUCCCUGAGCUCAGUGAUUUGGGAGUUAUAUUUACACAUAUGUUUACUCAUAACACUUUUAGCUUCUGAUUAUUUUGCUUAAUUUGUUAUAUUAUAAGCGGAUACGAAUAACGACAGUGGUUUUAACAUCAAAACCACACUCCAGGUGAGAGAUGAAGAAGGCGAAUCAGUCUGACUUGCAGCUUGUUUACAUCACUCACAGCUUGUUUAGUUUUAACCACGGACACAGGCACUCAGAGUCAGACUGAGAUGAAGGAGGAAAAAUGGAAGGAUCGAAACCAAGGAACUAGUGGCCAAGUGUCACUGAUUGCAACAUUCCUAUGCCCAUAAGGGUGGGUAAAUUAUCAAUUCAGCAUACAUCGAAUGUGUGGAGGUCACCUCGUUUGAUCCAUAGGAGUGGAUCUGAAUUGGGGUAUCCUGUGAAGACCACUGAUGUGUUAACACUUGCCUGAGUGUGGUGUGGUAAUUCACUUGAAGACGAUACCCUUUGUGACGUCACUUUCGAUGAUAAUUCGUAUGUGGAUUUGGAACGAAGACAGUUAAAAUCUACAGCAACUGUUAUCUCGUUUUACCACCAUGAAACCUGUAGAAUUCGACAUAAUUGCCUUCUCUCAACAUUGACACUGGUUUACAAAUAUCUCUCUCAUCAGCUAUUCCAUGGUUGAACUGAACUUUCAUACGUUGCCAUCUCAAGACUCUAAGCCUUGUUUCUCCCGAGCCCAAUAGUUUUGGCGUUAUAUU